AAUAUUUAUGAAAUACUUGCUUGCUUAUAUAUUUUUUGUGUAAUUAUUUAAAUGAAGGUGAAUUGGUGAAGGUUUUUACGGGGAAAAGUCUUGGCGGUGUGAUUAAACAAUAAUUACUUGAAAAACUAAUUUUUAUUGUUAAUAACAAUGGAUUUCUCAGCUACGCAAGUUUAUAAAGAUGAAGAUAAUUUAUUUACUGACUCACAUGCAUUAUCGGAGGAAGAAUCAGUACAGGUUGGAACGUUAAGCAUCAAUUCCACUGAUUACCAGAUUAAAACGGGAAUUACAAAAAUUGGUAGACUUGAUACGUGCAACAUUGUUAUUCAAGAUGAUAUGACAGUGUCAAAACUACAUGCAGAAAUUGAAGCUAGCGGUCGAGGAUCAACCUGGAUCUGUGAUCUGAAAUCGCUCAACAAAACAAAGCUUAAUAAUUUAAUACUACAACCUAAUCGUUCGUACGAACUUAAGGAUGGAAGUGUUAUUGAAUUCGGAGGAGUGCGUGCAACUUAUUGUAUAUACUGUCCGGCUAACGAUGAAGUAAUACCAGAAACACCUGCACCAUCGCGACAGAAAACUGCGAAUAUAAUAAUUCCUAAUACGCCAGAUUCAUCACUCAAUAUUUCAUCCAGUGUGGACAAUGAUGGAUCCAUUAUUCUUGGAACUCAGAAAGAUGAUGAGACUUGCAGCGUCUUUCGACGACCGCGAGUUCCGCAACAAAGUUCAUCUCCAAGUAUUAAUAAAAAGAAUACUUCCAAAAAUGAGAGCAAUGACUCGCUAAGUACCAUUGCAUUGCAUACGUCUGAUAUUAAUGUUAGCGAGAAUCAAGUUAGUAUAUAUGAAGCAGAGACGCAAAAGUUUGAUAAAGGAUAUAAAAUGACAUCAAAUUCCAUUUAUGAUAUGGAGACCCAAGAUGAUCUUGUUGAUAUAUCCAAGCAUGUUAAAACGAAUACUAAAAAUGGCAAGCAGCUGCCAAGACUAAAUGUUUGCGAUAAAACAGCUGGCAGAUCUGUAACAGAUAUCCACGAUAUGGAAACACAGAAUUGUUUAGAUGAUAUUAAUGAAAUAGAAACUCAAAAGGACAAUAUAAAUAUUCGAAAUGUAACGGCGACGAAGUUUACGACGGAUAUUCAUACUAUGGAAACGCAAGUUGAUACUGACAACAUUGAUGAAGAUAGCAGCAAUGCUCAGAAGUUUGAAAUCGAUAAGGGUAACAGUCAAGAGAAAAAUUUAGCUAAAAUCGGGUGCAAUAUUCACGAUUUAGAGACACAAAGGUUCGAUGAUAACUAUAUUGUGAAAAAUAUAUCUAAUUUGGAAACUCAAUUUGAAUUAAAUAGCAUUGCAAGAGGCGAGCAGAAUAAAGACAUAUCCGAUAUGGAAACUCAAUUCGAGACGGAUGGUACGGCAAAUGAGAUUAAUAAUGAUCGAGCAAAUAAGAAAAAAGACAGAAACGAUAUAGCAAAUACUACUAAGGACGGGAUAAAUCACGAAGACAUCACAAAGUCAUCGAGAUCCAGAUCCAGUAAUCGUAGGUAUUUGAAUUUAUCUUCACCAAGAGUUGAAGGUAGACUUUCUUCAUCAUUAAACCAGAGCACUCAUUUGCUUGAGUCAUCAGGUUUAUUAGAGCUCUUUAGCGAGGGCAUUGAUGAGCAAGAAGUGCAAGCAUCUAAUGCGUCUACUCCGAAACCGCUUGCAAAAAUGUCAUCGAAAAAGAAUAGCAACGUUGAACAUGUACAAAACAUAGUAAAUGAUGAAGAAAACGAUGAAGAUAUUUUCGAAGCUCCUACUCAAUACGCUAGUCGCAAAUUUGAAGCUUUAAUAUCGGAUGAUUCUGAAACUGAUGAGAAAGAUGCAGUAAUAACCUCCAAAGAUUCCAAAAAGAAGUGUAGAAAGCCUCGCUUGGAACAAACUAACGACGUUUCGGAAACGGACACGCAAGAAAACAUUGCAGAACUUGCUGAAAAGCAGUGUGAAUUAAGAACUUCAAAUAAACCAUCUGAUGAAGUUGUAAAUGAUAGAAAUGACCCUGGCACGAGCAUCGAAUCUGAAGAUAUGUUUGAUGUACAAACGCAAUUGAACAAUCCUGUAACUAAUAAUACAUCGAAUUUGUCAAUUGAUCAAUCACAAAACUCUAAUCAAAUUAAUGAGGCUAAGAUUAGUGAUAUGUCACCGACACAAAUUAUAAACAACAAUCAUGAUAAUCAAAGAAGUACAUCUGUGUCAGAUAUUGAUGUAGCGCCUACUCAAGUCAUUUUAUCACGUGAAACUUCUCCGAGUAAUUCUAUAGACUUGGCCUCGAAAAAUAAUGUGGUAAACAAGCGAAUUAUUAAUGCAGAAUUAGUUGAUUAUCGCACAACAGAAAAUCUUGAUUGUGAAGAUAUAGAUUAUGAGCUAGCACCUACACAAGUAAUCGGUGAAAUUGAAAAUAAAGGAAAGGGAAUUUCCACUCGUGAAAAAGGCUCCUCUCAAGUAAAUGACACUCUCGAAGAAAAACUCAAUGAAAUGUUUGAUGAUGUAAAUAAUGAUAUGAAUAGCAUUCACGAGUCGCCGCAUAUGUCGACGCAGUAUCUGGAAAAGAUUUUGGAAUCAUCACAAAGUGAUGACUCUAUUAAUAAAGCCAACGAUGAUGACAGAGAUACAUGUAACGUGCCACAAACAGAAGAGAAACAGCAUGCAUCUCGUAAUCAACGUUCACAUAAUUUACUAGAUAGUGAAGUAAAUCCGAAUAAUGUAAAUAAGGCAGAGACUGAAUCUCAAAAUUCAGAUAUUUAUUUUUCUACUAUUACUACAAGACGAAAGCGAAAUAUUUUAAAAGAUACACAAGAGUUCCCAGACUCUGUGAAGGAUAUAACUCCUGAUCAGGACAUUAAUUUUUCCCAGACAUCUAAAGCAAGUAAUGAAAAAGGCAUGGAUGAUAAUGUAGCUCAAGAAUCUAACGAGAGAAAAAAAAGAAUUGCCAAGACAAAACACGAAUCUGAUUCAAUAACGGAAAUAUUAAACGAUAAUGAAGACAAGAAUAAAAUCAUCUCGAGUAGGAAUAACAAAAGAAGUCUUCGAAAUUCAAAAUUGAUGAAAUGUGAUGAUGAACCCGCGUCGAAAACGAGGAAACAAGUCUUUGAAUGUGAUCCAACCAAAUUGAAAGUCGAUGAUGCAGAAGAGAAAACAUCAAUUUGCACACCUUGCCCAUCAGAAAAUGGUGGACAACGUGCGCAAAUAAUGGAUACUCCGUAUGAGAGUGACGAUGACAUUCUAAUGCGCUUACCAGCUGUUAGAAUAUCAGGAACACUUUCAAAUCCAGUGAGUCCUUCUGCAUCAUCGACGUCAACUGUGCAUAGCACAAAAUCUAAACGAGAUAUCGCAAGAAGUAAAGGAAAAGAAAGUACCUUGAAAGGAAAAUCAUUAUGUAAACAGGAUAUUGAAAACUCUGGCAAACACAAUAAGUCAUCCAUUGAUAGUCAAUCAAACCUUGUUCAUGACAAUCUAAUGACUGACAAAAUAACAGGCCCAGUGGACACUUCUGAUGAAUCUGACGAUUGCAGCGAAUCCACGUAUAAACGAUUCCAACAAAUUGCAGAUAGAAUGUUAAGUAAUAAACAUAAUUGUCCGAAACGUCAGAAGAAAAGAAGCAAGGAAAGUUCACGCGUUUCACCAAAUAUAUCAGAAGAUCCAAAGCAGAAUACGGAUGACGAAUCGAAAAAUUCGUGGAUUAGUACAAAAAUAACACGACAUUCCAGCAAACAAAAUGACAAGAGUCCACAUGAUCUUCAGAAAGAAACUUUAAAAAGUAUAGAAGCAACCAGCUAUGAAGCAACCAGAUCUACAGAGUCAGAAACGAAAUCUAUUAUCAGUAAGAGAAAGAUACCUCUAAAUGUGAUAGAAAAAAGCGUGGACCAAACUACUUCGAAAAAACGUAAAAUUGUCGCUGAGGAAUGUCCAGUUUCUAUACGCAGUCGCAGAAAUCCCAUGAAAACCACAACCGAUAGGCAAUCUCCGAAUAUCCUUGAACAUGUUGCUAAAAUAAGAUCACGUGAAAGUAUCUCUGAAAAUAUAAAGUCUUCCGAAGAUAAUAAAGCAAUGUCUAAAACUACGUUGGAAGAAACUCAAGAGAUCUCCUUAAAUAUGAGAACAGAUGGAAAUGUCUAUCCUGGGAGAUCCAAUGUUAAACGAACCAGACAUAUAAUUUAUGAUAAUCAAGUCACGACACAUGUCAAUGAUGUAACUGCAAAUGAAAAUAGUAAGAAAAAUAAGCCAGCUCCAAAAGGAACAGAAACACAGACGAAUCAGCAACUCAGCAAAGUUCCGAAAAUUAUACUUAAUCCCUUAAAGUGCCUCAAGAGCCUCUCAGAUGAUACAUCGCAAGAAGUCGAAAGUAUUAUGGCAAGAGCUCCGAGUAAUACACGAAAUAAGAAUUUAUCGAUCAGAGAAGGUAGUAAAGCGAAAAUAUUUAAAAGAGAAUUGAGAACCAGAAGCAAGAAACAACAAAAUUCAGAUACCGAAACAGAUUCUGUUUUAACUGAGAGUAGUUUAUCAUCUGAGAUAGAAGACUCUGAUAAUACACAACUUGACAAUGUUGUAUCAAAAGCUAAACGUAAAAGAUCUGCUAAAAGUUCCAUUUCUUCGCUGUCACAAGUCUCAAUAAAAAGAAAGGAAGAAAUAUUUAAGAAGCCUUCUCGCAUUAAGAAUUCUACAAGUUCACUUAUUGAUACUUCCACAGAAAACAUAACUGGUGAAAGUAGCCAAAGCGGUACUGAAAGUGACACUUCAAUAAGUUCUAGAUCUUUACGAUCGAGAACAGCAAGAAAGAAGAUAGAGUCGAAUCCAAAUACUUGUAGACUAACUGACGAGAGCGCUUCAAGUCUAAAUACAAGUACAGAAACUAUAUCUCUUACUUUAACGCCUUCUAGAACGCGUAGGAGUAUGUCGAUUCUAAAUAAUUCCACAUCAUCCACAAUGAAACAUAAAGUUUUAUUUACGGGUAUAACGGGUGUAAUGGAAAAUUAUAGUGAGAUUGUUAAAACAUUAGGUGGAAGUAAAGUGGAAGAUCCGGCACAGUGCACCGUUUUAGUUACUGAUAAAGUUCGUCGAACAUACAAAUUUUUAUGUGCGUUAGCAAAAAGUGUACCCAUAGUAGGGAUCGAUUGGUUGACAGAAAGUAAAACUAAGAAAGAGUUUAUAGAUUGGGAAAAGCAUAUAUUAAAAGAUUCCGAAGCCGAAACCAGGUAUGAUUUCAAACUGAGGGAGAGUCUUGAUAAAGCUAGGGAGAAAAAAAUGCUAGACGGCUAUAUUGUUGUAUUGACGCCGAACGUCGAGCCACCGCCUAUAAAAGAAUUAAAAGAUAUAGUAUCGUCUUGUGGAGGAAAAGCUCUAUUACGUCCACCGACUAAAUGGCCCGAAAGAGCGAUAAUUUUAUCUCGUAAAGAAGAUUUGUCAAACGCGAAAAAGUUUCUUGCUAAAGCACCAAAGACUGUUACGGUACAAGAUAUAGAAUUUAUCCUGACUGGUAUCUUAAGACAGGAAACAGAUUUCGUCAAAUAUAAGUUGACAUGAUAACUGUUAAUACUCAGAUCAAUAUCCAUAGUCGAUUCUUUACUUAAAUCUUGAAAUAAGAACUGACUAUGAAUAUCGGAUUUAGUAUGCAUAUUUUUUGG